AUGCCUCCUCGAGUGCGCGGUGCAUCGACGCCGCUGGCUGGCCUCGAUGCCACCAUUUCCCUCUCCACGAGGACCUCGUCUCCAUUUCUCCGAACCUUCUCGACAACGCCAUGCCGCGAGAAGAUGAGCAAGGGUCGUGCGCAGAUGUUUGAGUGGUUGAACUCAGGCAACGGCAAGAAUCUUGCUGAGCCUGGCAACGGCCCUAAUUACCUUGGCCCUCACAACGAUCAGCCUUUUCCUCUCAACCCCCUCUUCCGAAGUCAGCCCGUGCUUUCAGAUCAGACCAGGGAGAUCAUCUAUGAGAAGGUGACGGCGAAGGGCAUGUCUCUGAAGGCGGUGUCUGCUGAAAUGCACAUCGACGUGAGGAGAGUUGCUGCUGUUGUGCGACUGAAGGAGGUUGAGAAGCAAUGGCUCUCCGAACAUCAUCUGAUUUUGGGCUUGCUCGUUUUUACUCUUCUGAUAGCAAUGCUGACCAACCUAAAGGGCAAGCAAUUAGCAACACCAUAUGCCAAGGCAGUUAUGAAGAUGCUACCCAAAACACAUUACAAUGAAGGCGAGGAAAAUAUUCCUCACGAGCCUAUCAACGAGAUUCACGUACACAAUCUUACCCUACAACAACUAUUCACACCAGUGUCUGAAUCCCGACACUUCACAAGAGAAGAUGCCGCCAAGGCCUUCCACGACAACAUGCUGUCCGCCGAUCAGCGAUCACCUCAACCUGAGCUCAUCAAGAUGGAGCAAGCAAUCAUCAAGGGCACUGCUCGACCAGAGGCAGUAGCCAAGUUCCAAGCAGUCACACAGGCAGACGAGGACAGGGUAGCCAAGAAGAUUCUGGACCAGCGUAAGCGUGAGGAGGCGCAAACGAAGCGUGUCAAGACAGAUCGCUACGAGUUCAGAUUUAAGGAGAUUAACGUUGAUGAUGUUGGUCGUGAUGGUCGAUCAAGGAAGGGAACUGGAUGGCGUUACGGUGCGCCUUUCGAGGACCGUAAGCGUGGGUUGGUCAAGAUUCCUACGUCGGUGCCUUGA